GAUUGUGAUCGAUCGUGAUCGCUGUAAACAUCUUGUAUGUGAUCGUAACAGAGGAAUCACAAACGCGAAGCCGGUCGUGAACGUGGAUGGAAGUAUGGCAUUCACUCGUCAGUCGCGUAGCGAUCUUGAACUUGAACGCUUCGUCUGUUUCCGUUCCACGUUGGAUUUUUUAGUUAGAAAGCGUAGCAUACGCAUCAGUGUCAAAACGUAUCACAAAAUACACUAGUCAGCUUUGUUACUAGCCAAGGAUGUUCACCUGUGGACUGCUUAUCGCCCUGCUCGUCCUGUACGUGAUCUGGGAUGUCAACUACUUCAUCCGGUGCGUGGUCACGCUCGGGUACGGGAUGCUAUUCCAGCGGAAGCGCAAAGUAACCGAUCAGACCACGAUCUACGGCUUGUGCACGACCCAGGACGUGGACAUCUUCAUUCGUCACAUGAACAACGCCCGGUACAUCCGAGAGCUGGACUUUGCCCGGUUCCACUUUUACGGGCUGACUGGGAUUUACGGUAAGAUCAAGGCAAAGGGCGGUGGUGCCGUGCAGGGAGCUUCCAGCGUGCGCUACCGUCGGACGAUUCCGAUCUUCAACGCGUAUAAGAUAACCACGCGGCUAGUUUGGUGGGACGAUAAGGCCAUCUAUCUGGAGCAGCAGUUCAUUACGCUUGGUGAUGGUUUCGUGCGUGCAGUUGCCAUGUCCAAGCAGUGCAUCACCAAGGUUGACGUGCUGCAGCUGAUGAAGGAAUUUCCCGGCGUGGAGAAACAACCACCAAUGCCGACCGAGUUGCAACAGUGGCUGGAGUCCAUCGAAACGUCUAGCCAGAAGCUGAGGAAGGAAAAAUAGAUAGGCCUUCGGAUAGGUUAAUUGCGUUUUUAAGGGUUUUGGUUAAAAUUUAUCAUUUCUAUAGUAAAAGCACAGAUAACAGACAUUUAGAAUAGUAUUCGAAGUGAGUUUUGAUGAGAGAUUAAAACAUAUUAUUGUAAAACUACGUGUAACCAAGGGCAGUGUAGGAGCCACUGAUGUUCAAGGUAUAUCGAUUUGAACAUUUUCAUAUAAAUUUUAUUUUAGCCUAAGCGUCUGUUCUCUGUGGUAAAUAUUGCGUACUGAUACCAGCAAUGUUCCGUUUUUAAGAUUUUUAUUACAUGCCAGCGGAGAGGUAUAA